CAGCGGAUAACAGCGGCUGGUAAAUAGCUGCGGGGCCGCUCGAGCCGCGACGGGUCGACGAGCGACGGGAUUGCGCUGCCCGGCGAGCCGCACCACAGCGUAGCCCCUCUCGCUAGCCACCGAUGGCCGACGACGCCGAGAACGAGGAGGAGGAGGAAGAGGUGGUACCCGAGGAGCUCAUCGCACUCCUCACGAGCGACGCCUUCGGUCUGCGGACCUACCGCUGCAACGCGCCGCCCGUCCAACCCUUCGAUGGCGCGGAGGACGAGGCCCAGGCGACCUUGGCGCGCGUCUUCGCGCCGGGCCCGUGGCGCAUCGACGGCAUGCGCGAACGGCGCUCGGCGAACCACGACGCCAUCGUGAAGGACCUGGAGGAGAAGGGAGCCGAAUCGGAUUACGCCAAAGCGGUCUGCCCCUUUUCGGGCGUGACCGCGCUGCACGCCUGCGCCAUCAACGGCUACCUGACGCUGUUCAAGCUGCUGGUGGACGUCGGCAAGUGCGACCCGACGACGUGCGCGUCGGGCCUGGCGACGAUGAUGUCGUCGCGCCUGGAGCGCGAGCGCGGCGCCGACGCCAAGUGGAUGUGCAAGCGGCGCGGCCACAAGCCGGUCCUCGACUUCAUCAAGUCCCUGCCGGUCGUCGAGGAGGCGCAGAAGUCGCUCGACGUCCAGCUGGUGUCGCUCAACAAGGUGCACCACGAGGCCGUCGAGGCCGCCAAGGCCAAGGCCGAGGCCGAGCGCCUCGCGCGCGAGGCGGAGGAGGCGCGCAUCGCCGCCGAGGAGAAAAAGCGCAAGGAGAAGGAGAAGGCCCAGCGCAAGGUGCGCGACGAGAUCCAGGCCUUCGACCACACGCUGCGGCAGAAGCGCAAAGCGCUGGGCGAGCUGGACAUCGACUGGAAGACGGCCGAGUGCGGCCAGGAGAAGUCGCUCUCGCUGCUGGAGGACGAGCAGGGGACACACAAGCAGGACCACAACCGCUUCAACGCGAUGAAGAAGAAGGCCGAGGCCGUGGACAUCGGGUCGGAGAUGAAGAAGCCCGAGGGCCUGAUCGUGCCGACGCGGCGUCAGAACUUCAGCACGGUGGCGUCCGCUCCCCGCCGCUCGCGCGACGGCGCGCGGCGCCGCGGCGCUGGCGGCAUCGUUUGACCCCCGCAGGCCGACAUCGACGAGAUCUUCAACGACUACGUGAUGUUGUGGGACCUGGACAACGCCCUGGACAUGGCCAUCGCGGUCGCGAUGGACACGCGGUGGGGGGACUUGAACACCGAGGAGCUCGAGGAGACGGCCAAGAAGCUCAUGCAGCGCUGCAAGAAGCUGCCCAAGCCCACGAAGGCGUCCUCGGCGUUCAAGGCCUUGGACAAGCGCUGCAAGGAAUUCCAGAACUCGUGCCCGCUGAUCACGUCCCUCAAGACGGACUGCAUGAAGAAGCGCCACUGGGACGAGCUGCUCGAGGGCGCGCACGCGACCAUGGAGCAGACGCCGCUGGAGAACCCGAACAUCGAGCUGAGCGAGAUCAUGGCCCUGGAGCUGCACCGGCCCGCCGUGGCGUCGGUCGUCGAGGAGGCCACCGACAAGGCCGUCAAGGAGGCCAAGCAGGAGGAGACGCUCGGCGUGCUGGAGCAGACGUGGGCGCAGGCCGUCUGGAAGGCGACGCCCUACGACAAGGACGCGUCGGUGCCGCUCCUGGGCAUGGACGAGAAGGACUUCGAGCAGCUGGAGUCGGACCUGCUCACGCUGCAGUCCAUGGUCGCGGGCCGCUACGAGUUCUUCAAGGUGCAAAGCACGGCGUGGCAGCUCGCGCUGCAGAACGUGGGCGAGGUCGUGGCCAUCUUGUCGGAGCUGCAGCGGAUGUGGUCGUAUUUGGAGCCGUUGUUCAUUGGGUCUGACGAGGUGAAGCGGGAGCUCCCCGACACGGCCGCGAAGUUCAAGGAGAUCGACACUACGGUGCGCAACAUGCUGCGCGAGGCUCGCGACACGGGCAACGUCAAGCAAGCGUGCAACAAGGACGGCCUGAUCCCCUUGCUGGAGGACAUCACCGCCAAGCAAGACCUGUGCAAGAAGUCGCUCAACGAGUUUCUGGACUCGAAGCGCAUGCAGUUCGCGCGCUUCUACUUCGUCAGCGAGUCGGAUCUGCUGGACAUCCUCUCGAACGGGUCCAACCCGCCGGCCGUCAUGAAGCACGUCGACAAGGUCAUGCUCGCGACGGCGGACCUGACGCUCGGCAAGCCCGACGCGUCGGGCCGGCCGGCGGCCAACUACUGGGUCUCGGGCGUCGGCAAGGAGUUCGUCGAGUUCACGGAGCCGGUCAAAUUGCUGGGCAAGGUCGAGGUCUACUUCCAGACCAUUUUGGACGCGCAGUGCGCCUCGCUCACGGCGGAGGCCCACAAGUCCGUGAAGCGCUACCUCACGUCCUCGCCGCGCACGCAGUGGCUCCAGGACACAAAGAAGGUCAGCGACGGCCGCAAGAACUCGGCCGACGCCGCGCAGAUCGCGCUCCUGGUCGCCGCCAUCUACUACACGAAGGAAAGCGAAGACGCCAUGAGGGCCAUGGAAGCCGAUCCUUCCCUCGGCGAAAAACCGUAUUUAGACUUCCAGAAGAAGACCCUGCAACAGCUCACGGACCUCAUCAAGUGCGUGAUGACGGACCUCGACAAGGCGACGCGGACCAAGGUCAUGUGCAUGAUUACCUACGACGCCCAUUCGAGAGACAUGAUCGAAGGGACGCUUCGAAUGAAAAUGUACCAGAUCUCCUCGUUUAAAUGGCAGAGUCAGUUGAAAAUGAAGUACGACGCCGAGCAGGACCGCUGGCUCGCGCUCAUCCUGAACGCGACGUUCGACUACGGGUUCGAGUACCUGGGGAACGGUCCGCGCCUUGUGGUGACGCCGCUGACCGACCGCGUCUACGUGACCGCCACCCAGGCCCUGAACCUGUGCAUGGGCUGCGCGCCGGCGGGGCCGGCCGGCACGGGCAAGACGGAGAGCACCAAGGACCUCGCCAGCGCGCUGGGCAAGUGCUGCUACGUCUUCAACUGUUCCCCGGAAAUGGACUACAAGUCGCUGGGCAACAUCUUCAAGGGGCUGGCCUGCAGCGGGAGCUGGGGGUGCUUCGACGAGUUUAAUCGGCUGAUCCCCGAGGUGCUCUCGGUGUGCACGGUCCAGUUCAAGGCCGUGUGCGCGGGCGUCAAGCGCGUCGUGACGGCCCAGAAGGCCUCCAAGAAGUCCGGCAGUCCGUUCGACGAGCAGGCGCGCAUGACGACCAUCGAGGGCGACGUCGUGAAGCUCAACGAAACGUGCGGCGCGUACAUCACGAUGAACCCCGGGUACUUGGGGCGGUCGGCCCUGCCGGAGGGCCUCAAGGCGUUGUUCCGGCCGAUGACCGUCAUGGUCCCCGACCUCGUCAUGAUCUGCGAGAACAUGCUCAUGGCCCAGGGCUUCGUGACGUCCAAGUCGCUCGCGUCCAAGUUCUACACGCUGUACUCGUUGCUCAAAGACCUGCUCUCGAAGCAGGAGCACUACGACUGGGGCCUGCGUGCCAUCAAGUCCGUGCUGGUGGUGGCGGGCAUGCUCCUCCGGUCCGACCCGAACGGCGAGGAGGACGACAUCUUGAUGAGGGCGCUGCGAGACUUCAACAUCGCCAAAAUCGUAAAAGUGGACGAGGUCGUCUUCUUCGGCCUGCUGAACGACCUCUUCCCGGGCCGGGACCCGCCGCGCGUGGUGGACGACGCCCUCCAGAAGAGCGUGGACGACAUGGUCGCGGCGAUGCCCGAUUUCGUGGACGACAUCAUGAAGCUCAAGACGAUCCAGCUCGACGAGCUGCUCCAGAUCCGGCACUGCGUCUUCGUCAUGGGCCCGCCCGGCGCCUUCAAGUCGACGAGCUGGAAGUACCUGGCGAAGGCGAAGCGCAUCGUGGCCGGCCGCGAUUCCUUCCUGACGAUCAAGGACAUCAACCCCAAGACGAUGCCCACGCAAGACCUGUACGGGUACAUUAACAUGGCGACGCGCGACUGGAAGGACGGGCUCCUCUCCUCCAUUUUACGAGACUUGUCGCAGAUCCCCGACGAGGACCCGAAGUGGCUCAUGCUCGACGGCGACCUCGACGCGAACUGGAUCGAGUCCAUGAACUCGGUCAUGGACGACAACCGGCUCCUGACCCUGGCGUCCAACGAGCGCAUCCCCCUGAAGCCGCACAUGCGCAUGAUCUUCGAGAUCCGCGACCUGAAGCACGCGACGCCGGCGACCGUCAGCCGCGCGGGCAUCCUGUACAUUUCGACCGACGAGGGUUUCCAGUGGCGCAGCAUGGUCAACACGUGGAUCCUGACGCGCGAGGAAUCCAAGGGGUUCACGGCGGAGGCCAAGGCGUGGCUGACGGCGAACUUCGACGAGGUCGUCGCGCCGGCGUUGCUCUCGAUUCGAAAACUCCUGUUCAACGUCGCGCAGCAGCAGACGACGCUCGUCAACAACAUUUUGCGGCUGCUCGACGCGUUCUGCACUCCGGACAUGCUCGCGACGGAGGAGCACUGCCAGAUGACGUUCUCGUUCUGCGCCGCGUGGGCCCUCGGCUCGGCCCUGGGCGUGGCCGACGACGGCAAGGACUACAUGAAGGUGUUUAGCGAGUGGUGGAAGAAGACGUUCAAGAAGCGCAUCAGCUUCCCCGGGCAAGGAUUAAUCUUCGAUUAUUGGCUGGACACCGAAAACUGGGCCUUCGAGAGCUGGACCGAGUCGCCGGCCUACGCGCAGAUCGUGUUCAACUCCAAGGAGGCGAACAUGAGCGACGUGACGGUGCCCACGGGCGAAAGCGCCUCCGUGUCGUUCUGGCUCGAGAAGCUACUGCGGGACCACCACUGCGCCAUGCUCGCGGGGCCCAGCGGCACGGGCAAGACGCAAACGAUCAUGGGCCAGCUGAAGAAGUUGGAUGCGAAGGAAACGCUGUAUACCACGAUCAACAUGAACUUCUUCACGGGCGGGCUGGUGCUCCAGGCGUCGCUGGAGGGCGUCCUGCAGAAGAAGACCGGGUCGCUGUACGGGCCGCCGGGCGCGUGCCACAUGGUCUACUUCAUCGACGACUUCAACCUGCCGGAGCUCGACAAGUACAACACGCAGUCGGCCAUCUCGCUCGUGCGGCAGCACCUGGACUACGGGCACUGGUACGACAUCAGCAAGCUCGCGAUGAAGACCGUCGAAAAGUGCCAGUACGUCGCCGCGUUGAAUCCGACGGCCGGCAGCAUGGAGAUCAACCCGCGGUUGCAGCGCCACUUCACGACUUUUAACAUCGCGAUGCCGACGGACGUGUCGCUGGCGAUCAUCUACGAAACCUUCCUCAACGGCCACCUGGAGUCCAUGUUCAACUCCAACGCCGCCCUGGUGGAGCUGGUCCCGAAGGUCAUCAAGACGACGCUCAACCUCCACAAGGACGUCUCCGAGAACUUCCGGAAGACGGCCGCAAACUUCCACUACGAGUUCAACAUCCGCCACGUGGCCGGCGUCUUCCAGGGGUUGCUGAUGACGACGCCCGCCAAGUUCAAGGAGCCCCAGGUCUUCGCGGACUGCUGGGUCCACGAGGCCUACCGGGUCUACGGCGAUCGCCUGGUGUCGCCCGAGGACUUGGCCAAGUUCGAGGGCCUCUUGAUGGGCCAGGCGGGCAAGGGCUUCGGCGAGUUCAACCCGAAGCGGUUCUUCGGCGACAGCCGCCAGCCGUUGACGUUCUGCCACUUCCUCGAGGGCAUCGGCGAGGAGCCCGUCUACGACCAGAUCCACGAGCUCAGCGUGCUCCAGAAGAUCCUGGACCAGGCGCUGGACGAGUACAACGAGUCGAACGCCCAGAUGGACCUGGUGCUCUUCGAGGACGCGCUGAACCACGUCUGCAGGAUCACGCGGAUCAUCAACAACCCGUCCGGGCACGCGCUGCUGGUCGGCGUCGGCGGGUCCGGCAAGAAGUCGCUGUCGCGCCUCGCGUCGUUUAUUUGCGGGUACCAAACCAGCACGAUUCAGAUCUCGGCGACGUACGGCAUCAACGACCUCAAAACGGACCUCCAGGAGAUGUACAAGAAGGCCGGCAUCAAAGGAGAGGGCGUCAUGUUCCUGUUCACGGACGCCGAGAUCACGAACGAGCGGUUCUUGGUCUAUCUCAACGACCUGUUGGGCUCGGCGGACAUCGCGGGCCUGUACGCGCAGGACGAAAAGGACGAGGUGAUCGGCUCGGUCACGAAGAAGGCCAAGGCCGCGGGCUUCGCGCCGGAGCCGGGGCCCGUCUACGACUUUUUCCUCCAGGAGGUGCGGCGGAACCUGCACGUCUGCCUGUGCUGCUCGCCGGUCGGGCCCGAUUUCUCGACGAGGUGCCAGCGCUUCCCGGCCCUCGUCAACUGCACGGUCAUCGACUGGUUCCAGCCCUGGCCGGAGCAGGCCCUGUAUUCCGUGGGCUGCAAGUUUUUGGAGGCCAUCGAGGACCUCGGCGGCGACGCGGUGCGGGCGCAGCUGCAGACGUUCAUGCCCGAGCUCGCGGGGAGCACCAACGCCAUGGCCACGACCUUCAAGCAGAUGGAGGGGCGGUUCGUCUACACGACGCCCAAGUCCUACCUCGAGCUGCUCAAGCUGUACUCGGAGCUGCUCGCCCGGAAAAGAGCCGAGAACGACACCGCGUCCCUGCGCCUCCAGAACGGCAUUAAAAAAUUGGAGGAGACGACGGCCGUCGUCGACGUCCUCAAGGAGUCCAUCGCCGGGGACGUCGCCGACGCCGAGGAGAAGAAGGCCACCUCCGACAAGAUCGCCAAGGUGUGCGCCGCCGAGAAGGAGGUCGUCGAGAUGGAGACGGAGAACGCCAACAUCGAGGAGAAGAAGGUGACCAAGAUCGCCGCGGACGUCAAGGAGAAGAAGGAGUCCGCGGAGGCCGACCUCGCGCAGGCCGAGCCCGCGGUCGAGGCGGCCAUGGCCGCGCUCGAUACGUUAGACGUGAAGGACCUGCAGAUGUGCAAGACCAUGUCCAAGCCCCCGCCGGGCGUCGACGACGUCUUCAACGCGUGCCUCGUGCUCCUCGCGUCGUACGACCCGGCCGUGCCGGUCCAGAAGUCCGGCAAGGUCAAGGACAAGGACCGCACCUGGGAUUGCGCCAAGAAGGUCUUUUUGAAGGACCCCAAAGUGUUUUUAGACAACCUCAAGAGCUUCAAGACGGGCUUCGAGGAGGGGAAGGUCCCCGCCGUCAACUUCAAGGAGGUGCGGAUGUACCUCGCGAUGGAGCACUUCAAGCCCGAUAUUAUUGCCGGCAAGAACAGCGCGGCGGGCGGGUUGUGCAACUGGUGCAUCAACAUCGUCAUCUACUACGACGUGGUGUCGAUGGUCGAGCCGAAGAAGAAGCUCGUGCGCGACUCCAUCGCGCAGCUGGACGCGGCGCAGAACCAGCUGGCCGACGUCAAGGCCAAGGUCAAGGCCCUCGAGGAGAAGCUCCAGCAGCUCAUGAUCGAGCUCAACGAGGCGAACGCGAUCAAGGCGGCGGCCGAGGCGACGGUCGAGAAGGGCAUGACGAAAUUGGGCCUGGCGGAGCGCCUCAUCAACGCGCUGUCGAGCGAAAACGCGCGCUGGAACCAGUCGGUCAAGGACCUCGGCGUCGCGCGCGACUUGCUGGUGGGCGACACGCUGCUCAGCGCGGCCUUCAUCUCCUACAUCGGGCCCUUCACGAAGCAGUACCGCACGAAGCUCCUCGACGAGGAGUGGCUGCCGCGGCUCCUCACGCCGAAGAAGGGCGUCCCGGUGCCCAUGUCCAAGAGCGCCAACCCCCUGUCGGCCCUCACGAACGACUCCGAGGUCGCGCUCUGGCAGACGUGCAAGCUGCCGGCCGACCCGGUGUCGACCGAGAACGGGUCCAUCGUGGAGCGGUCGACGCGGUGGCCCCUGCUCAUCGACCCGCAGCUCCAGGGCGUGGCCUGGGUCAAGGCGCAAAAUUCAAAAGAUCCCCAGAAGAUGUUGAGGGUCGCGCGGCUGGGCACGAAGCAGCUCCUGCCGACGCUGAAGGAGUGCUUGGUGGGGGGGCUCCCCAUGCUCGUGGAGAACAUGGGCGAGCAGAUCGAGGCGUCGAUCAUGCCCGCGGUGCAGCGCGCCAAGAUGAAGCGCGGCGGCCGCUUCUUCCUGAAGCUGGGCGAGGACGAGAUCGAGUACCACGACGAGUUCCGCAUGUUCCUCCAGACGAAGCUGUCGAACCCGCACUACCCGCCCGAGAUCCAGGCCGAGUGCACGCUCGUCAACUUCACGGUGACGCCCGCCGGGUUGGAGGAUCAAUUGCUGGCGCUGGUCGUGUCCAAGGAGCGGCCCGACCUGGCCAAGCAGAAGAAGCAGCUCGUGCAGCAGGAGAACCAGUUCAAGAUCAAGAUGAUCGAGCUCGAGGACGAGAUCCUGGCGCGCCUCGCGGCCGCGGAGGGCGACAUCACGGAGGACAAGGACCUCAUCGAGGGGCUCGAGGCGGCGAAGAUGACGUCGAACGACAUCAACGAAAAACUCGCCAUCGGCCGGAAGACGACCGAGUCCAUCAAUAACACCUCGGAAAGAUUCAGAUUGGUCGCGCGCCGCGGCUCCCAGAUCUUCUUCAUCAUGAACGAGCUCGUCAAGAUCCACACGUACUACAUCUACUCGCUGAACGCGUUCGUCGUCGUGUUCCUCAAGGGCAUCGAGGACGUCCAGGUCGCCGGCGCCGCGUCCUUCCCAGCUACUUCAACGUGCGCCGCCCGCUUUCGUGACCGUGCUCCGACGGUCGUCCGCCGCAGGCCCUCGACAAGCCCAAGGAGGAGAAGAAGAAGGGCGGGCUCCUGUCGCGCUUCAAGAAGGCCGCGAAGAAGGUGGUGAAGAUGCAACGAUUUCCCUGGAGCCGCGACAUCCUGGGCGAGGCCUCCCACGCCGACGAGGUCGACCACGACUUGUUGAUGAAGCUCCUGAUGGGCGGCGGCAAGAAGAAGGCCGCGGCCAAGUGCAAGGAGGGGGAUUUGGUCGAGUGCGACCUGUGCGUGGGCACCGUCAAAGCGGUCGUCAGGGACGGCGCCGCCUACGUCCUGGAGAAGCAAGAUAAAACGGGGUUCCUGGUCAUGCCGUCGGCGAGCUGCGAAAAGUUCGUCGACUACCCCGCGCGCUGCACGAAGCUGAUCGACAUGUGCACGUCGGUGUGCUUCAACUACGUCCGGCGCGGGUUGUUCGAGCGGGAUAAGCUCAUGGUGAGUUCGCUGUUCGUCAUGACGCUGCAGAUCGCCGACGCGAAGCUGAAAUCGGAGUACAUGAUGACCCUGCUGGAGGGGCGGGGCGAGUCCGGGGAGCCCGCGCCCGAGGGCGUCGCGAGCUGGCUUCCCGAACUGGUCUGGCCCAAGGUGAGGGCACUCCAGAAAGAUCAGAAGCAGGUGCCGCUGUUCGCGACCCUGAUGCAAGCCAUUGAGGAGGACCCGGCCGCGUGGGACGCCUGGUACAACAGCCCCCAGCCGGAGCAGACGCCCCCGCCGGGGGGCGACGCGCUCUCGACGUUCGAAGUCGUCAUGCUGCUCGGCGCCAUGCGCGGCGACCGCGUCACGAUGGGCAUGCAGAAGUACAUCUCCGAGUGCUACGGCGACAACUACGUCUUCCAGCCGCCGUUCGACAUGCGGCAGGCCUACACCGAGUCGACCGCCUCCACGCCCAUGUUCUUCGUGCUCUUCCCCGGCGUCGACCCCACGGUCUGGAUCGAGGAGAUCGGCGAGAAGUUCGGGUUCACGACGGCAAAGAACAACUUCAUCAACAUCUCCAUGGGCCAGGGCCAGGAGGCGCCGGCCGAGGCGAUGAUCGAGAAGAUGGCGCCGCGGCGGCGUCCGGCGAGGCGCCCUUCGACGCCGCCGCGUCGGACGCGGAGCGAGCGCCGCCGCCGGGGCGCGCCACUCGUCCGGGGGAGCGAAUCCUCACCGCCCCGAACCCAACGCAGGCCCAGGAGGGCGGCUGGAUCCUGCUCCAGAACCUGCACCUCAUGCAGAGCUGGCUCCCGCGGCUGGAGCGGAAGCUCGAGGUCUGCAGCGAGCACGCGCACCAGGACUUCCGCUGCUACGUGAACGCGGAGCCGCCCGGGUUUUCGUACCAAAAGAACAUCCCCGAAUCGCUACUGCAGGGUUGCAUCAAAAUAAGCAACGAGGCCCCGUCCGACAUCAAGUCGAACAUCGAGCGCGCGUGGGCGCCCUUCGACCAGGCCAGACUGGAGGAGUCGAGCAUGCCGGUGGAGUUCCGCGCGUGCCUGUUCGGGCUGUGCUUCUUCCACGGCGUCAUGCUCGGCCGCAAGCGGUUUGGCCAGCAGGGGUGGUCCCGCGGAUACGGGUUCAACAUGGGAGAUCUUAGCAUCUGCGCGGACGUCCUGCAGAACUACCUCGAGGAGAACGGCGGGGUGGUGCCCUGGGAGGACCUGCGGUACAUCUUCGGCGAGAUCAUGUACGGCGGGCACAUCACGGACUUCUGGGACCGGAAGACGAACAACACCUACCUGGAGGUGUCGUUCCACGACGGCUUGCUGAAGCAGGCCGAGCUCGGCCACGGCUUCAACUCGCCGGACCCCCAGACGUGCACGACCGCCGCCGGGUAUCUCAAGCACCUGGACACGCUGCCAGCCGAAUCUCCCCUCAUCUACGGGUUGCACAUGAAUUCCGAGAUCGCCUACCUGAACAACGCCACGUCCUCGCUCCUGUCGACGAUCCUGCGCCUGAAGGCGGGCGGCGGCGGCGGCGGCGGGAGCGGGGGCGGCAACAUCUCGGCCAUCAUCGAGGAGCUCGAGGGCAAGCUCCCGCCCCUCUUCGACAUGAUCGACCUCAACGACAAGGCCCAGCCCAUCAUCAAGGGCAAGGACGGGCCCUACAUCGUCGUGCUGCUGCAGGAGGCCGGCCGCAUGAACGUGCUGACGGGCGAGAUCGCGCGGUCCCUCGACGAGCUGCGGAAGGGGCUCCUGGGCCAGCUCAACAUGUCGCAGAAGAUGGAGGACCUGCUGAGCGCGCUCGCCAUCAAGCAGGUGCCGGGCCGAAACCCCUUCCACACCGCGUCGUGGGAGAAGUUCGCCUGGCCCUCGAUGAAGGGCCUGCAGGACUGGUUCGCGGACCUCAUCCUGCGGUGCGGGCAGCUGACAGAGUGGUGCGCCAUCGACGGCCUGCAGACGCCCAUCUCCGUGUGGUUCCCGGGGCUCUUCAACCCGACGGCGUUCCUGACCGGCAUCAAGCAGGUCACCGCGCGGCUCAACUCGCUGGCCCUCGACAAGAUGGCCACGGAGACGCACGUGACGGCCUUCAACGGCCCGGAGGAGUGCGGCGAGCGGCUGCCGGAGGGCAUGUACAUCCACGGCCUCUUCUGCGAGGGCGCGCAGUGGGGCGAGUGCGAGAACGAGAAGUUCGACUACGUGGAGGACUCGACAGUGCAGUGCGCCGGUAUACUCAGAGAGUCCAAGCCGAAGGAGCUGCUGCCACCGAUGCCCAUCAUCUACGUCAAGGCCGUGCAGGUCCAGCCGUCGUGGGACCCGCAGUCCGUCGGCUACAUCCGACCGGAGCCGGACCUCUACAACUGCCCAGUGUAUCUGACGACGUUCCGCGGCCCGACCUGGGUCUUCGUCGCGACGCUCAAGACGGACAAGCCCGCGUCGCACUGGGUGCUGCGCGGCGUCGCGCUCGUGGCGCAGCUCGACUAGGGGGGUUCCCCCGCGUAAGGCUCU